UCACAGGUGUUUUUACUUUUUGCCGUGCUAUGGUUUGGUUUUGCUUUCUUUCGCCCACAUAAUUUCCCGUUAUAAAACAGAGAAUUCGUCAUUUGACCAUAAAAAUACAUCGAAUAACUUAGGCGCACAUUUGUUCAUUAGCAAAAUGUCUCAUCAAACCGGAAUUCAAGCUAAUGCAGAAUUGAAAAAGUAUUUUAGUAAAUGCAGAGAUGGGAAAAUCAGAAUUCUAAAAGUUAGCAUAGAAAAUGAACAAUUAUCACUAUCGAAACAUUAUCCAGUUAAAGGGACAUUUGAACAUGAUUUUGAUAAGUAUGUCCCAUCACUUAUUAUAGAAGAUCUGCCUUGCUAUAUAUUGUGUAGGUUUGAUACCACUAACUCCUUAGGAUAUGAAUGGCUGCUACUCAGUUGGUCUCCUGAUAGUGCGCCUGUGAGACACAAAAUGCUGUAUGCCUCUACUAAAGCCACACUCAAACAGGAAUUUGGCUCAGCACAUAUUAAAGAUGAAAUGCAUGCUACUAGCAAGGAUGAAGCAUGUCUGAAAGGCUACAAGGCUCAUGUAAGUGGUAUAAAUGCACCCGCGCCGCUCACUGACAGGGAAGAAGCUUUAAAGGAAUUACAACAAAGUGGGCAAGAUCCCAACUAUGGUACUGACUCAAGACAGUCAACAAUGGGAGGAAUUGCAUUUCCUAUCACUGAGUCGGCGAAACAGGCUAUUAUUGAUCUCCAAUGUGGUUCCUACAAUUAUCUACAAUUCAAAAUAGAUUUAGAAGAAGAAAAAAUCUGCCUGUCAAAGGCGGCAGUGAUCAGUUUGACUGAACUACCAGCGCAGGUGCCGGGCGACGCCGCGCGCUACCAUCUGUAUAUAUUCACACACACGCACGAGGGCGACCACAUGGAGAGCAUUGUGUUCAUAUAUUCAAUGCCCGGUUACAGCUGCAGUAUAAAGGAAAGAAUGAUGUAUUCAAGUUGUAAAGGCCAAUUCUUAGAAAUCAUUGAAAAAAUAGGUGUCGUCGUUGUGAAACGGCUAGAAAUAGACGACGGUAAGGAAUUAACCGAAGAGUAUUUAUACGAUGAGAUCCAUCCAAAGAGGAACCUUCAUCGACCCGCGUUCGCGAAACCGAAGGGCCCGCCUAACAGGGGCGCGAAAAGAAUCACUAAAGCGCAAACAACUCAAUAGCUUUUCUUAUAUUAAGGAUGUCUUUCGCACCUUCAAAAUGAUAAAGACAUAUCAAAAAAGCAAGUAAAUGUCGAAAACGAUUGGUAUGUCUAUAAAUUUUAAUUUCAGAACCAAGUUUAUCUUCUUUCGCCACAAUAAGCUUUCUUUACAAUAAUAAAUGAUGAAGAUGGACAUAUUGAGGGGCUGAGUGUUGAAUUCUCAAAAUUUCAAAUUGGUAUACCUACUAAUACUUCAUACGGUCCAUCGACGGAGAUAUCUGAACCAAGCAAGCAUAAUGGCAUAAAAGCACUGAUUACCUUAUUUGUAGUAACUUAAUUGCUAUGUUCCAUUGACCUACUAGCAAAAAAUGUGGUAGGAACAGGGAACCCAUCGCAUUAGGAUCCCAAGAAAUCUCCUACCUUUAAGUGAUAAAUUAAAGGAUUCACGACCCGCAAUUACCAGCCGCCGUGAUGCCAGUAAAUAUGUUCCUACUUAAAUGCCUACCCUUGCUUCGAACCCUUUGCACACCUGCAGGGUUACAGACUAUACCAACCAGCAAAAGUCAUAUUUUUCUUAGUCGUAUCUUUCUUAAUAGUGCAUCACAGCGACAUACCAAUAUGGUGGAUGGAAGUCAGCUCGUCCACAAACAUCAAGGGUAUCGUUCCACUGAACUCAUUUAUUACGCUGUAGUAGAAUGAUUUUAUCAGUCGACGUCGAUGCAUAGUCCUUACAUCAAAUCUAUUCGAUUUUUUCGAUUGCUUGGUAUUGAUGGACCAAUGAUGAAAUGGUUCUGGCUGUCGAUCCACCACUUGUCGAAUUACCGUCGAUCGAUAAUGGAUCAGGUGUUUUAUUGACCAGCAUCCGUCUAUCCACUGAUCCACGCUUAUCGACGUCGAUGAUAUAACUGAAGGCCUCAAUCUAGACGCAGGGCAUAGCUCGUGCAGCGGUAGUGUGACCAGAUUAAACGUAUACUGAUAUUAUAGUAUGAGAUUGUUCAUGCUAAAGUAUCUCCCUAAACAAGACCUAAGAGGAAUCUCGGAUCUCUACCGACCCGCAAGAACUCUUUGAACAGAGGUGCGAAAACAUAAGAGCAAAUAAUAUAUUAUUCAGUAAGAGCUUUUCUUAUAUUAAGAAUACCUUUGUUAUAAUCGUAGCUUUUCCUUCCAAAGUUCCUUUCCUGUUUUUUUAUUAUAGAUUGAAAAUAAUAGUUUUUUUGACAUGUUUUGAAGUUUCAACUUAAAAUUUAUCAAAUUAUAAAAUGCAGAAUACUGAAAAUUGUGUGUUUAUUAGAUCUUGUUCUUCCGUUCCGAUAGUCCUAUGAAAAUCUAUUAAGUGAUUCGUGUUUUUACGAAAAACAAUGAAUUGUGUAGCAAAAUGUAUUAAAUGUAUAAUUCACUGGUUAAAAAAUCACCAAAAUUAUUAAUAAUUUGAAGAGAUCACUGUUGUAGUAGAAUUUGACCAAUCUUUGCUGUUGUAUGUAAUUAAAGAGCAAUAAAUAAAUAAUUGAAAAGCAGUAUUAAACCAAUUAUUCAUAAUAAUAUAAUAUGUUAGGCUUAUUUUUGAUAAAUGUGCAAUAAUAAUAUUAUUAUAAAAAUCGUAUAGUAUCAGCAGUCAUAAAGAAGUUGAUGGGAUGGUAUAAAAUUAAUAAUUUCAAAAGUUUUUUUAUUAUCGAUAUAAUUUUUUUAUAUUUAUUAAAAAAUAGUAGAAAAUUAUAAUUAUGCCCAUAAGUGUUUCAUUAAACUAUGAUAAUAAAAUAAUAUAAUAUUUUAUUCAGUAUUCAGGAUCAUGAAAUAAUUUUAUGAUUUUAUUUUUUAUUGUUCCAGCUUGUAAUACAAUAAUAAUUAUUUUAAUAGAUAAUUUUAAUCUCAUUUUAAUUAAGCAAGUAAUUAAAUCAUUAUUAGUUUAAUUUUGCUAACAUAAUAUUCUAAAUGCGUUAUGGAAUAAAGCUUCCUAAAAACUUAUUUAUUUUAAGUAGGUAUUUAUGUAAUACUUUUUGUUUCAGUCAUCUAAAAACAAUCGUUUUGCUUUAAGAUGAUAUUAAUUUUAUUCUUUUGAAGAAUCUUCAAGCUCUCAAUGUGCAGAUUAAAGUUCUAAAAAUUUUAUAUACUUACGUAAGAUGAUUUUUUAAAUUAUAUUUCGUAUUGUAUCUUGCCAAUGUAAAUAAAGUCCAUAAACUCGUAUCUAGUGACUACAAUGUAGCUUAUACCGUUUUACUUUAUCUCUAAACUAAAUUGACAGGGCUAAAUGUAGUGCUAUGCUUUUCGCAGGGAACAAUUAGAAAGAGAUAGCGUACAACGAAAUUAGCCACAUUAUCGCUGUUUUAAAAUAUUUUUUCUUUUUAAAUAGUCUUUUUUAUAAAGAGCUUAGUACACAUCGGCCCAACGCGCUGGACCAAUGCAUUCGGCGAAUGCCUUCAGGGCCACUUAGCGUAUAUUUACCGCGAGAUUUUCGUAGACCUAGCAUGUAUCAGGCGACCAGGUCGCGCGACCAUGGCCACAGGGCCCAGUUUUAAAUACAGGCCGCUGUAUGGCCGCAUAAUGCGUGCAUUUGUGAAAUCAUGAAAGAAUUAACUGGUCGCUGCGGCCAUUACGCACCAGGUCUGAAAGUGACCCGUAACAACUGUAUAUACACGUUGGUUAGUGCUCGCCGAGCGCAUUGGCCUAAUGUGUACUGGAACCAUAAAAUUGAUUUCACAAUUUCGUCGUCAUUAGACUUUACCUUCGUAUUUUGCCUGUGAAAAAAUGUGUAACGUAAAUAAUUGGAAAUGCACAAGAUAGUUUUUUUUUAAAUUAUAGGUAUAUACCUACCUAUUUUCGAAAGUUUCAUUAUAUUUUUGUAUUCAGUCAUAUCUUUUAUUCUAGUGGUUUAAAUAAAUGCUUUUGAUAUUUUA